AAACUCGAUAGAUCAUCUGGAGAACGACGUCCAGCCCGCGAUGAAUUUUCAGGAGAGAAUAAUUGCGCCGAAUCCCGCAUUGGACGUGCCUAUAUCCAACACAAUACACAUACUAGGGACCGGCCCCGUUGGAAAAUUCAUUGCACAUUCCUUGGCUGGAAUCCCUGAAGCGCCGCCCGUUACUCUUUUGAUGCACCGUCCCUCGUUGAUGCAACAAUGGCACGAGGAAGGUGGAACUAUCAAACUCCUAAGGAAUGGCGAGAUAAACACAAAGUCCGGAUUCAAUAUUGAAUCAUCAGCAGGCUUCCAUCCAACGCCUCCAGGCCGGAAAUUUUCUGGAGUUGGUAGGAAUCUCUCUUCUGGACCACAGGAUACCAUUAUCGAAAAUUUGAUUGUUACUACUGAAGGUUAUACAACCGUCUCUGCCCUCACUGCAAUCAAGCAUCGUCUACGAUAUAACUCCACAAUCUGUUUCAUCCAGGACGGCUUAGGUAUUGUCGACCAUGUCAACUCCUCCGUAUUUCCCGAUCCAAUGACCAGGCCAAACUAUAUGUUAGGGAAUAUCUCCCACGAUUUGCAAUCAACAGAAAACAAAUAUACCGUUGUCGAGAAGCGUUCCGGCACAAUCCCUCUGACAAUAAUCCCGCGGGCGAAUCAGGGAGCACAGAUCAAAAAGGAGGGACUCUCAAUUCGAAGGAUAGACCUUGGCUGGCCAGCGAGAUCCAAAUAUCUCAUGCGCACACUCAGUCGAACCCCUGAGCUCGGCGCUGUGGGCUUCAGACCUCAAGAGUUUUACAGGAUGCAACUGGAAAAGCUGGCUAUCAAUUCCGUCAUCGGGCCUGUCUCCGUGGUUUAUGAAUGCUUCAAUGACCAGCUUCUUUACAAUUACCAGGUCUCCCGGACGAUCAAAUUACUUUUAAAGGAGAUCUCCUUAAUCCUACGAUCAUUACCGGAAGUUUCACGCAUUUCCUCGGUCGAUAAGCAAUUCAGUGCUGAGAGACUGGAGAGAUUGGUCGUGUCAGUUAUCAAUAAAACUGGCAAGAAUCGUACAUCCAUGCUGCAAGCUGUACUGGAUGGGAACAAGACGAAUAUCGAUUUCUACAAUGGUUAUUUGCUCAGACGGGCGGCAGAAUUGGGAAUAGACUGUCCUCGUCUCGAGUUGAUCGUUUCCAUGGUUAAGGGGAAGCAAAACAUGAAGAGCCGGGAGAAGAACUCGUAUAUACCCUUCGCAAAUGGGUUCUAAGGGCGCGUGCCAAUUUGUGUUGAUAUGCUAGAUAUAGAUUUAGGGGAGGGAGGCUGCACAAAUAAUGGGUUGUGUAUGUAUAUGUAUUUGUAGAUCCAAGCAGACGAAGGGCGAUGGGCGUUUUGUCAUUUGUUUUGUCUCUUGCGUUGGGCAAUGGACGAUAUUGUACUACCUUUUAUUGUUGAUAUAGAACUCCUCAAGUAGAUAGGUAGGUAUAGAUGCACGAAGAAUGGAUGUUUGGGAUA